GAUUUUAACGUUGGUGAUACCGUUACGGCCAAGGUCAAGUCCAUUGCUAGUUAUGGUGCGUUCAUGGACUUUGGCGCCCAGACGGAUGGUCUCUUGCACAUUUCGCAACUUUCCGUGGGAUACAUUAAGGACGUGAGCGAAAUCCUCAAGCCCGGACAGGAGGUCGAAGUCCGCAUUACCAAUAUUAGUGCCGAA